CCCAGCUGCAGGCCCCCCCAGCAGGCCGCUCAGAUAACAACCCAGAGGAGCAGCAGAAGAAGAAACUCAACAGCGCGUGAGUGCCAGACUCAUUCAAAAAUGACGGAAACAGAGACAGCUGGUGUGCAGACCAAGGCUAAAGCCAUGGCUUUCCGCUCUCAAAAAGAGAUGUUUGAGAAAAUGGAGGAAUCGUUUAAAAUCUGUGCCUGUUGCCAGAAGCAGCCAAAUCAACUAUCAAACCCGCAGAACCUCAAGCGUUGUGCCAGAUGUCUAAAUGUUUACUACUGCGGUAAAGACUGUCAGAAGGAGGACUGGCCCAAACACAAGAAGUUCUGCUCACAGCUGCGUGUGGCCGCCAUUGACAGAGUUGUGGAAUGGCUUUUAUUCAAAGGAGACCUCCCAUUCCCCACAGAAAAAUGGUCAAAGCCCCAGUCAGAGGUCAAAGGCUGGGACGACUGGCUUGUGAUGCAGGGAGAUCUCACACCCCGCCUUGAUCCCAUUUUAAAAGGAAAAAACAUGAAAGACUUGUGGACCAACGCUGGCAGGCCUCAGCCUGACGACGAGGACCUGAAGCAGUCCCUGUGGAGGGUUUGCAGCGAGUUCUUCUCCCGGCCGCUGACUAUAGCCUGGGGCAUGAGGCUGUUCGGCAUUAACCCUUACUCCAAACCUCUCACCAUUCACCUGGUGGGAGCGGGCCACAGUGAGACUCUGGCAGCCAGACUGACGGACUAUGAUGAGCUUAACAAGAUGUUCCCCGGACACCAGGGCAUAGAGGUAGUCAUGGUGGGACCAGAGGUGCUGAACGGCCCCAUCGUGAGGCCUCCUCUCAGGGCGUUUGGCCCCAAGCAGAGGGUCUUCAUCAGCGCCUAUAAAGGCCUCUACCACGAGUUCUGGGAGGAGCUGGUGGAGAAAGAGGAAGCAGCCAAGCCAGAUUUGGUGGUUGGAUUUCAUCCUGGAUUUGAUGCCAGUCAGGGCCUGGACCAGGGUUGGCUUCCAACACUCCUGCUCCUCAGGGAUUAUGAGAUUCCUUCACUUUUCACUGCUCUCAACGAGACAGAGAUGACCUACUCCCUGCAGAUCCUCAUGGAGCUGGAAAUGGACAUGAAGGGAAGCGGAGCCAACCCCUUCACCUCGCUGAAACCAGAAGUGGUGGGCUCAUGUCUCAACAAGCCUCCCGUCUACUGCAACUCCCACUACUUCUGUUUCCAGGGUCUGCUGGAGACGGUGGAAUUUGAGGAACCAGAGGAGGCUUGAAGGUGCACACACACUAUUACUGUAUCGGGACUGUGAAGCAUUUUAUAUGCGUAAGGUGGUAAAAAAAAAUAGGGUCUAAAUACAUAUAAAUUGUUAAAAAGUUAGCACCCUUUUUACUCUGUUAACAGCUGUGAGUGUUUGCUUUGACAUUUGCAUUCACUAUCUCAGUUUUAUGGCAUGUAACUGGCAUAGCAGUGCGAUUUGAAUAUACAGCCUCAGAGCUAUUGUUGCGUUAGCAGAGAGGCAAUAAAACAUUGUAGGAACAGAAAAAUGUCUACAAUAAAGAACUUUAAAUGAUUAAAUA